AUGUCUAUAGAUGCAAUAUCACCAUCAUGGCAACAUUUACUGUUUAAAUUUUUUGGUAUAUUGACUUCAAUCAUUGCUUCUCUUGCAUGGUUAGCAACUGUCGCUGCUUUAUUUGGUUUAUGGGCCGAAGAUGAUUUUAUUCGAUACGGAUAUGAUGAUGGUGAUGUAGUAUUUAUUUCUAAUGUUGGUGCUCGAUACAAGGCAGCAUUUAUUAUUGGUACAGUUCUUACAGGAAUAUUUUUUGUUUUGACAUUGAUCUUUACUAAACUUUGCUUUGAUAUGGAAAAUAAACAACAAUUUAAACGAACUAUUCUUGAUUCGAUUAAUCAUACAAGAGCUCAUUAUAUAUUUACGGGAUUAUUUAUUGUAUUUACUUUUCUAUCGGCAAUGUUUUCUAUUAUUUAUCGAUUAUCAUAUAAUCAAGUUAAUCUGGCAAUUAAUUUGCGAGUUUUCUUUGUUUCUUUGGCUAUUCCUUUGGUAAUUACUUUUGUUGUCAUGGGUACAAUUCAAAAACCUGAUAACCAAACACAAUUACAAUCAGUAGCAGCGUCUCUUGAAUGGUCUAUUGCUAUUUUGUUUAUUUUAUAUUUGACUUCAUUUGCUUUAGAUCUUUUACUUAGUAAUAAUGCUACUUUGAAUAUUUGCAAAAUAUUUUUUUAA